GAUGCUUCCGCCAGCCGUCAAUCUGGUGACGUCAUCAGCAGUGGCGGCUUAUAGUUGUUAGGCGCUGGAUUUGAAUUUUUUUCAGUGAUAGAGAAGAGACGGAGAUCGGUAAUCCCCAUCGGAAGAGAGCAAUUUGUCUGAGAGUAUCCCUUGGCAGGAAGAAUGAGGAGAAGUUCAGUGACAAACAGGCAAUCGCUCCUGCCUUUACGGGUGCAGGAUUCUAGCAAAGCGAGUCUAAUCACACCUCAGAAGAAAGACCGUCAGGGUUUUGGUAAACUAAGUAUGACCAAGCCUGUUUCUGGAACAAGUGAACGAAAGACCAGCUUCUUUGGGAAAAGAGCAAGCAAUGGGACGUCUCGGAACAGUCUGUAUGGCACAUUUGGUGCUGCUGAGAAGAUAAAGGACCCUAGACCGGUGCACGACAAAGCCUUCAUCCAGCAGUGCAUCCGACAACUUUGUGAGUUUCUUAAUGAAAAUGGCUAUUCUCCAGCUGUCACUGUGAAAUCUUUACAAGGUCCCUCAACAAAAGACUUUCUGAAGAUCUUUACGUUUUUGAUCAGCUUCAUAUGUCCAGAUUAUGAAAUUCCAGAUUCUAAGUUUGAAGAGGAGAUCCCAAGGAUGUUUAAAGAACUUGGGUAUCCCUUUGUUUUGUCGAAAAGCUCAAUGUACACAGUUGGCGCACCUCACACCUGGCCGCAGAUAGUGGUAGCCUUGGUCUGGUUAUUAGAUUCCAUUCAGACAGCGAGUCAGAAGAUGAAUGAAAAUGAGUUUGGCGAUCCUCAGAUCGUGCAGCAGAGUGAUAAUGGUGUUGAGUUUAACAAGGUCUUUGUAGAUUACAGCAUUAGGUGCUACAACAGGUUUAUGGAUGGCCAUGAUAUAUUUGAAGAUCAGGAGGCUGAGGUGCAAGCAAAGCUCAAAGAAAACUACAAAGUGGACUAUUCCCAUAAGGAGUUUCUCUUAACGGAGUCUAGGAGAUUAGCAGAAGAAAUCGAGAAAUUAGAAAAGGAGAAAGAUAAUGAGCCAGUGAGUAUCUGUGGUCUUAUGCUUGAUCUGUAG